AUGGGACAAUUGCAGUUCAUCAACAAAAUUUCCUUGUGUUGUGGCAAUGUGGUCUUGAUGUCCGGUGGAGGCAAAAGCCACACAAAAAGCCAUGUGGAGUGGAUUGCGUCUCAGUUCUAUGAACCAUCCCGGAUGUACUGGUUUGGCGAAUUUUACCACUUUUUCCAGAUGUUUGCUUUCUGUCUCUACCAUGGGACAAAGCAGACCCAGCAGAUGGCUCUGUCCACCCAACUGGUUGCCUAA